UUUUAAGCAUUUAAUGUGUCGCUAACUCCUCAUAAUGAAUUCAGAAGCGGUAAUACUGUUAGAGACGGUUAACUUUGCGGCAGAAAAACACCGAAAUCAGCGGCGGAAAGACCCCGAGGAGACGCCGUACAUCAACCAUCCGAUAGGAGUGGCGAGGAUCCUGAGCCAUGAGGGGGCCGUCACAGACAUCGAGGUGCUGCAGGCCGCUUUGCUGCACGACACAGUGGAGGACACAGACUGCAGCAUCGCCGAGCUGGAGGCAAAGUUCGGAGUGACGGUGGCGCGGAUCGUCCAGGAGGUGACGGACGACAAAACGCUCCCCAAGCAGGAGAGGAAGCGUCUCCAGGUGGAGCACGCACCUCACCGGAGCCACCAGGCCAAACUGGUCAAACUGGCUGACAAGCUUUACAACCUGAGGGACCUCAAUCGCUGCACGCCCAGAGGCUGGGCAGCGGAGCGGGUCCAGGAGUAUUUUGUGUGGGCGUCCCAGGUGGUGAGAGGCCUGAGGGGCACCAACGCAGCGCUGGAGGAGAAACUGGAUGAGCUCUUCAAGCAGAGGGGUGUGGAGCUCUGACGUCAGAGCCUGAGGCACACCAGGAAAAACAAAGACUCUUUAAACUCCAAUUAAACUACAUAUUUUAUUAAGCUGACUGAUUUUGAUUAUUUGAAGUUUACAAUCUAAUUAUUUUCUUGUUUGUGUUGAUUUUUUUGUCUGAAGGGAAAUAAUAAAUACACACUAUGUAACAAAG